AGAGGUCGCUAAUGAGCUGCUGUUGAUUAAUGAGAAGGCUUGAUGAGUGUGAGUCACAUCUGCAGAGAGGAAACGAAUGCAUGGCUUCAGUUCAGGAUAGAGUUGCUGCAUUAAAUAUUGUAGGGAAAUUAUACAGUCCCCUCAACCAACCCCUUGAUCAUAGAUUGCUCAACAAACAUCAAGAUGUACAAACCAACAAGGUUCAAAGCAAAGAAAUCUGGAGCCACAUCAUCGCUGCUCUACAAGCCCAAGUGAAGGUCAAGAAACACAGGCAACAUCUGAAAUCUCAUGAUAACUGCUUUCUGGGCUCUGAUGCAGUGGAUGUUAUUCAGGAUUAUCUGACCCAGAAUAAGGUUUUUGGAGAUGCCCAGGCCUCCAGAGCCACAGUGUCACGACUGUGCCAGGUGCUGCUGGACUGUAAGGUGUUUGAGGCGGUGGGAGCCAAAGUUUUGGGCAAGACCAGUAAAACAGGAGGCUUCCAGGACAGCAGCAGCAGCCUCUACAGAUUCCUGAAGGAUCCGUCCCUGGAUGUGUUGGAAAUGGCGCUUUUCCCACCAAGUGAAGAGAGUCUGAUGAACAUCACACCAUGCAGGCAGGACAUCCUGUUAUUCUCCCAUAGUACACCUGUGAAACCAGACCAUGUGUUGGAUCGUCUCAUGGAGAAGCUGGACUUGACCGGACUUGUCGGUUCUCCUCCCACUGAUUGUCUUCCUCCAUCUGGUAAGAGCUUUGUUCAGAUUCUGCUGAUGUUUGAGUUUGAACGAGUGUUAGAAGUCCUGCAGCUGACGCUGAAGCUGCUGUCUGCGUCUGCACGUGAGGAACUGCGCAGGCUGCUGGAGUUUAUGGCCGCAGCUGCAGAUGCUGCAAAUGUCAAGCUGCACAAAGAAAUUGAAAACCGGGUGGUUGUGAAGAAGACGUUCACCAGAGCCGUCAUCCAGAGCAAGAGUCUGACAAAAGGAAAGACAGACCUGCUCAUGCUCUUCAUGCUUGACAACCACCAGGAGAUCUUCAAGAUUCCAGGGUCUCUUCACAAACUGGUCAGUGAGAAGCUGGAUGACAUUGUGAAACACAGAGAUUCUUCCACAACUGAUACCCCGUUUUGUCAGCGAGUGCCAAGAGACACGUACACAGAGACCAUAAAGGACUCGACCAAAAAUGAGCUGUACUCUCUCUUGAAAAACAUUGAUGAAAACACCAAAUAUCCCCUGAAAGAGAAGAAACGACUCCUGGCGCAGUUUUAUAAGGGUCAUCCAGACAUCUUCAUGCAGUAUUUUGGGUCUAGACUGAGCACACUAAACCUUCUUGAAGUUUAAGUUCACUGUGUCCUGUAAAUGUUUUUUUGUUUGUUUUUUUGUAUCCAAAUAAAUAAAAAUAAACAUU